AGCUAUUUGACAUAUGGAUAUCCACAAAGAACUAUGGAAUGGACUGAGGGAAUGAAGAAUAUACGUUUGAGGGAUAUUCCUACAUUUAUUAGAACAACAGAUCCAAAUGAUAUCAUGCUAAAUUUUAUUUUUCAGAAGAUGAAACAAUAUAGAGAAGCUUCUGCAAUUAUAUUGAACACAUUUGAUACACUUGAAGAGGAUGUAUUAAAGGCUCUCUCUUCCAUCAAUUCUCUUAUUUACGCAAUUGGUCCUCUUCACUUACUUGUCAAGCAAAUGGAAGAUGAGAAACAAAGAGCAAUAGGGUCUAAUCUUUGGGUGGAGGAAUUUGAAUGCAUUGAAUGGUUGAAUUCAAAGGAACCAAAUUCUGUAAUUUAUGUAAACUUUGGUAGUAUCACAGUUAUGACAUCACAUCAAUUAAUUGAGUUUGCUUGGGGAUUAGCAAAUAGCAAGAAGCCAUUUCUAUGGAUUACAAGGCCUGAUUUAGUUGUGGGAGAUUCAGCCAUUUUGCCACAUGAAUUUGUAACACAAACCAAAGAAAGAAGCUUGGUAGCAAGUUGGUGUUGUCAAGAACAAGUGUUGAACCAUUCUUCAAUUGGAGGGUUUUUAACACAUAUUGGAUGGAAUUCAACAAUUGAAAGUAUAUGUGCUGGAGUUCCAAUGAUUUCAUGGCCUUUCUUUACUGAACAACAAACAAAUUGUCAUUAUUGUUGCAGUGAGUGGGGGAUUGGAAUGGAAAUUGAUAAGAAUGUGAAAAGAAAUGAAGUUGAGAAGCUUGUGAGAGAGUUAAUGGAUGGAGAAAAGGGUAAGGAAAUGAAGGAGAAUGUUAUGAAUUUGGAAAGUAAAGCUGAAGAAGCAUAUGAAGUUGGUUGUUUUUCUUGGAAACAACUGGAUAAAUUCAUUAAGGAAGUUCUUCUAUCAAAAGUAAAGUGA